UCUCAAAUUCUGCCAUCUAUUUCAAUUUUUCUUUUCAAUUGACUCUUAUUUAUACUUCACUUUCUUUGCUUGAUAGCUUUCAAACUUUAUUCUCAUUUCGAUCUCUGACAUUCUCUUGCAGUAAUAAAAUUGUGUGUGAUUACCUAUACUUCCUUUCUUUUAUUAAGAAAAAGAUAUCCUAAAUUUGCAUAAAAUUGAUGAUUGAAUGCAAUUCUUUUUACUCUAGUCUCUAUUAUUUUUUCAUUUUCAAUCCAAAUUUCCACAAUUUUCUCCACAUAUAGUACAGAUAGAAGAUGCAAAUGUCUCUUACUGUCUAUUUCCACCCCCAAAAAAACUUUUCCAGAUUCAUAAAGGACACUGUGUUAGUAAAAUUGUUUUGUUUUACAUCAGUUACAGACAUUGGAGGAUUGACAAUUAGUGAUGGAAUUGAAGUUACGAGCCCAUUUUAGAUAGGUACAUGAGCAAAAAAUGGUGUAAAAUAUGUUGUGCUAAUUGUGGAAGAUUCUGUAGGAGCUGUUUUUGGAAUUAAAAUCAGAUUUUAUAUACUUGAUUUAUCAAAAGGUGCUGGAGCUAAAUCUCUUCCUUUCUUCAUAUUUUCUUUCCUAAUUCUCUUUCAUUAAUUCCCUAUUGACCCUUCCUUGUGCAACCUUUCUUCAACACUGCUAAAACCUAGCACAAUACUAGACCUGUGUACACAAUGAGUUGGUUGUAUGUUUGAAGGUGACAUUCUUGCUGUAUAUGGACCUGCCAAGUACACCAAGACACAAAAAAAAGCUGAGAUAUUGCAUGUGGACCUGAUAGAUUCUAAAGGCCAGAUGACAGUCACAAUGAAUAUUAGCAACACAUUGGUGGACACCUUUUUGCCACGCUUGACCAUUGGAUUAGGCAUCCGCAUUUCCAACUUUACAAUUAAAAAUAAAUCACAGUACAAAAGAGGUGAUGCAGAUUAUUGCAUUGCUCUCACUGCAAAAAGCACCUUUGAAACUAUCCCAUGCGUUUGUACCGAACACAAACUAGCACCCGACUUUACAAUCUCACAACUAAGCGAAGCUGACUGCCACUAUUUCGUUGGUUCAUUUGGAGCAAUUGGAACCAGUUACCAUUUGACCAAAACACACCUUGAAGUACAUAUAAAGGAUGGUGAUCUGCAGGAAGAUAUGGCCACUGUACAUCUUGAACACUUUGAAUUGCACCUUCUUUUUUUGUUCCUCCUGUCAUGUCCUCUUCUGCCCUUGCCACUAACAUUUUUAUUUUGCAGGUUCUCAUAUCCACCAUGUACAUAGAAUUGUGCGCAACUUUGCAACAACUCUUCUCAACAGUAGAUAUGCCUUUUAUACUGUUCAAAAAUAUCGUGCGUAAUGGUCCCCAAGGAACCCAGUCAUUCCACCCAUCGCAGUCUACUUUCAUUGAAGAGCUUAAUGACCAGUGCACAAAAGCACAUUUGGAGACACUUGCCAAAUGUAAUAUCCAGGUUGUCGGUGUCCUCAAAGCAAAGAAUGCCUACUUUCCACCCUAUGAAAUAUCUUGCUCAACGUGCCACCACUCCCUACCAUUUGAUGCUGCAAUUGACAUGGACUUUGUCCAUUGCAUGUAUUGCAACGCCGACACACAAACCUCUUGCCACCAUAACAUACUUUGCACAUUGAAUACACAAGAAGGCAACAUUGACUGCUCCUUGCAAGGAGACAUACUUCAACAAACUUACCCAGAUAUCACAGAUAUAACAUACGAACAAUACCAACAGGACAUCUCGCCAAUGGUCUUUAUGUUGCGGAGGCUCCACGUCUAUGGCACUUUCACAUUAGCUGUGAACAACACCAUUAUUGAUAUUGUCAAGCAAUAGGAAUUUUGAUGUAAUUGGGUUUUAACACUGUCCAUGUUAAUGAAUAUUGCAAACUUGAAAAAAACUUCGGCCUUUAAAGCUUGUAAAUCUUAUUACUUUUUUGGGUGGCAAUGGCCCUAAAAACUCUGAUACUGUCUGACUAUCACAAACUCUGCUACUGUGUUAAUAUAAUGUGAAUAUAAUGUGGCUUAUGCUGUGAAAAAAAUAUGAAUAUAAUGUUAUCAUCAUGUUACCAUCUGUACUUUUGUGACUGGGCAUGACAUAUAUACAACUUCGUGGGAAUUUACUUUGAGCAGGUUGACAUUUUAGAUUCUAUUAGGAAUUGACAUGAGCUUAAUUGAUAUGAAUGCACUGUCAUGUUUUUUACUAUGUAUAAAUAAUAAUAAUUUGUGGACUGCUUAUCAAACAGUUCAUUUACCUUUCUUUCCUUCAUACUUUGCAAAUAAUCACUCCAACACAAUUUAAAAAUCUUGAUUUCACUUCUUUUAAUGCUUUGGGUGGUUAUCCUACAACCGUCCAAAAGAAAACAUAGAAUCAGGUGGUAAUGGUGGAUGCCAAUUUAUUUUAAUAGAUC